AUCGUGUUCGACCAUCUGGCUCAUGUACAAAUGGCGCCAUCAUUUCCAUCGUCAUGGAUUGUAAAUAAAUCAAAUCCACCGCAAGCCAUACCAUCUCCAACCACAACACCAAAGCGGCGAAAAUCGCCAUCGCCAUCGCAAGCCCCGCCAGCGAAACCAAAACCCCGUGCAACACUCUUCACGCGUCCACCUCCACCUCCGUCGUUGUCUACAACCCCGACCCGUCGCUUGUCGCCAGCAGCGACACUCCUCAGCCGCGUCGAUGGUUCUCUCCCUUUCGCCAGGCGCUAUGAUUCACCUCCCAGCACUCCCCGCUCGCUCUGCGACUCGUUCGUCUUUUCGUGCAGGGACAGCUCGCACUUCCACGAUAUGGACGAUGCGGUUCUGCCAAACGGGCCGUGCGGACGACCCGGGUGCUGCGGCGACGAGAUGCAUCCCAGUUCUUUUCUCGACAUGGAUUGCCUUAUCCACAACGAUGAACACAACGCCAUGGAGACGGGAGAGGGAGUAGCGCUGCUAUGGCAAGCACCAAAGGCGCUGCCGAAGCAGAGCCCAUUUACUGGUCUUGGACAUGAACAAGACGCACCGGUGGUGUUCCCAUCCUCCUGGAUUGUUCGUAGCACUGGCACCAGCACGAACACGCCUGUCCUUAAACGCGACCAAGUGCUGCCGCAUGCUAUGGACAAGGGACGGAGCCGCAUGUCUACACCGAUGAACCCUGCGAUGGCCCCCUCGAACCCAUCGCCUUUGCGUUCCGCAGAGAGUAUAAAUAGAAUCAUGGUGCCUCCAUCCCCGGGGAUCAUCAACGAUGGCCAUCAAAAUGCGCAUGUGAAGACUACUACUCGGAAACAUACGCUUCCAGAAUCGGGAUCGGAAUCCGUGAGCUGGACAACUGAGCCUUCAGAUGACUCCUGCAUUAACGACAAGUAUCUAUGGGAGCUAAAAGAGAGGCCAACCCAGCGAGAGUUAAUAGAUUGCUGGUUGCAGUCGACAUCAGACCGGGAACCGUUCAAGAGAGUCAAGCGUUCACAUUGGCUUAACAACGGGUCCGAUGCGUCGGGAGAUGCUGAUGAGCCGCAUUCGAGGCUGCCAGUUUCUGAUGCAUACUCUGUCUAUUCAUCGUCGACGCAAAAUACUAGGGCUACAAGGCUGGCAUAAUUAGGUACACUCCCAAUAGAAAAGUCACUUCAUCGUCCAAUUUCCC